GCCAUUCCAAAGAGGCACCAAAAAUUAGAUAGCCCAAUUUCAUCCCGUUUCGCCCGUCAGUGAAAUCUCAGUGAGACCUCAGCGAUCCAAGAGCAACCUGUGACGAUCCGGCAGAAAAGCAAAAGAACCGGAAAUAUGAUCACGCCGGGAGUCGUCACGUUGCUGGCCGUGAUCGCGCUGACACAUGCCGCGUACAAUUGUCCCAAUAAAGACGGCCAAUACGAGGACAACAAGCAAUGCGACAAGUAUUACGAGUGCAUUGACGGAGUUGCGUCGGAGAAGCUGUGCCCGGAUGGUCUCGUGUUCGAUCCUCUGAAUCGUAAGGUCAACAAGUGCGAUCACGUUUUCAACGUCGACUGCGGCGACCGUCUUGAAUUACAACCGCCACAGCCGACGAAGAAGUGUCCGCGACGAAACGGUUUCUUCGCACACCCUGACCCGUCCGUCUGCAACAUCUUCUACAACUGCAUCGACGGCGAGGCGAUCGAGAUCACCUGCACCACCGGCCUGCACUUCGACGAGUACAGCGGAACGUGCGUGUGGCCUGAUAGCGCGGGUCGCGAGGGCUGUGGAGUUGUGGGCAAGAAGCUGAAGGACGGCUUCGAGUGCCCGACCGAGGGCCAGGUCGACAGCAGGGGCAUGCUGAUCGACCAUCCUAAGUUCUCGCACCCUGAAGACUGUCAGAAAUUCUAUGUGUGUCUGAACGGCGUAACACCGCGUGAGCAAGGAUGCAGCGACGGCACCGUCUACAACGAGGAGCAGCAGAGGUGUGACGCGCCUGAGAACGUCCCAGGAUGCGAGGAUUGGUACAAGGACGACGACAAGAAGCCAUAAAGGAAUUGUCGACGCUUAUCUGUCCCGCAUCGGGACGCCCGCGUUCACUCUAAUCACGUGUCACUCCUGCUCAGCGUGUUAACCCACGUGUGUGUGUGUUUAGA